UAGUGAUGGCGGCACUCGGUGAGACUUUCCUGUCACUGGAUACUACUACUCCAGCCCUCCUCAAAGCCGCUGGAGCAACCCCCUAGUCUUUAGUUUACAAGUGGCGAUUUGACUUGCUCUGCUGCAUGUCAGGAGGGAACGAGGAAAGUGUGGAGACGCCCCGGGUAUUAAGCGAUCGCAGUUUGAAAAGAAAAAAAGCCAAACAAAUAAACAAAACCCACCCACCCUAACAAACAUGGGGCUGCUGGAGAGAAUGAGGAAAGAAUGGUUCAUGCUCGGAAUAGUGCUGGCGAUCUCCGGGGCUAAGCUGGAGCCCUCCGUGGGGGUGAAUGGGGGACCCCUGAAGCCAGAAAUAACUGUAACCUACAUUGCUGUCGCAAUAAUAUUCUUUAACAGUGGACUGUCAUUAAGAACAGAGGAGCUGACCAGUGCUUUGAUGCAUGUAAAACUGCAUCUUUUCAUUCAGAUCUUUACACUUGCAUUCUUCCCAGCAGCAGUAUGGCUUUUUCUUCAGCUUUUAUCAGUCACACCCAUCAAUGAAUGGCUUUUAAAAGGUUUGCAGACAGUAGGUUGCAUGCCUCCCCCUGUGUCUUCUGCAGUGAUUUUAACGAAGGCAGUUGGUGGAAAUGAGGCAGCUGCAAUAUUUAAUUCAGCCUUUGGAAGUUUUUUGGGCAUCGUUAUAACACCGCUGCUACUGCUGCUAUUUCUUGGCUCAUCCUCCACUGUGCCUUUUACAUCUAUUUUUUCUCAGCUUUUUAUGACUGUUGUGGUUCCUCUCAUUAUUGGUCAGAUUGUCCGAAGAUACAUCAAGGAUUGGCUGGAAAGAAAGAAACCUCCUUUUGGUGCCGUCAGCAGCAGUGUGCUCCUCAUGAUCAUCUACACAACGUUCUGUGACACGUUCUCUAAUCCAAACAUUGACCUGGAUAAAUUCAGCCUUGUUGUCGUAGUGUUCAUAAUAUUUUCUAUUCAGCUGAGCUUUAUGCUUUUAACCUUCAUCUUUUCAACAAGGAGUAAUUCGGGUUUCACACCAGCAGACACAGUGGCUAUCAUUUUCUGUUCUACACACAAAUCUCUCACAUUGGGAAUUCCGAUGCUGAAGAUUGUGUUUGCAGGCCAUGAGCACCUCUCUUUAAUAUCCGUGCCCUUGCUCAUCUACCACCCAGCUCAGAUCCUUCUGGGAAGUGUGCUGGUGCCCACAAUCAAGUCUUGGAUGGUGUCACGGCAGAAGGGAGUGAAGCUGACGAGGCCAACGGUAUAAUGAAGGAGGCGCUCUUUGGGCAGCAGUGUAGAUGUGUACAGCCUUGUACAUACGAGCAAUCCCGAAGACUUGUACUUGUGAAUGUUGCUUUGAUGCAUAUUUUAUUUUUUUACACAAAAAUAUGAUAUAUCUGUUUAAGUGCCUUAAAAUGUAUUUGAUAAGCGUUGUUUCCAAAACCUACUUUGGGUUGCUGCCAGGGGUAGUACAAUCUUUUGGAGUUGUUUUAUUAUUUUUUUUCCCCCUAAUGUAGUGAACAGUCAUAGGAAGUAACAAAAAAGCAAACAUAUCUCCUCUGCACCCCCUUUGUUUGCAGUACAACUCUGUAAUCGUUACUGUGCUGUUUGAAACGAGGUCACACCGUCAGGAAAAUGCCCUUCUGAUGACAGUGAAAAUUUCCAAAGUCUUAUUCAUGAAUACUUUGAUUUACUGUGUGACUCUUUCUUUUCUACAACUGUGACGUGCCUAUUUCUUAUCAGCUCAGCAGGGGUCAGAGAUUGAAUAGAUGCUGAAAAGCACAAGUUAUCUGCAUUUCUUGACAUCAUUUUUUUAGACAUUCCUUUCCACAUGGAAAUUCCUCAGUUCCAUUAUAAGAGACUGUGGUGUUAUACGUCUUAAAUUUAUUAUAAGCUGCUUCAAAAAAAGGGUCUAAUGUUUGACUUACGAGUGAAGGAAGCCAAGUUCUGAGGUAAAGUGCAGGAUUUGGCUUUUGGAGUUUUUAAAAUUAUAUUUCAACAUGCUUUUUUUUUCUUUCUUCCAUAAUUUUUUUUCUUCCUUGUUUGCCAGCACACAGUUUGCAAGCUCAUAACAGUCAAAUGCAAGACCCAGAAACGCUACAGUUUGAGAGAAGCAACAAUUAAAGGUAGAUUAUAGUCACAUUCCACAACUGAGACCAAUUUUUUCUUUCCCGUUACAAAGGUGUGCUGAGCAGUUUCCAAAUUGCCCCUUUUAGUCAUAAGUAGCCUGUUACGUCCUGGAAUUAAGCAUACACGUAAGGCAUUCAAGACAGUUUUUUAAUGAGAAUUUCCUUGGUAGAUUUGAUAACUGUUUGCAACAUUUUUUUUUCUUAAUUAAAUCAUCUUGCUCUUCUGAAUAAAUGAAAACAUAAAGGUCAUGGAUGCCAACAAAUGUUACAUACACACCUUCUGUCUAGCCAGAUGGAAAGAAAAACGGGCACAGAAAAUGCAAAAUUAUUCAUUAACCAAAUGAAGUAAAAUUAGCUCCCAAGUGGGCAUCAGCCUUCAAAGGAGCGUGCAGCGUUUGCUUCUACAAUGGCAGGAAGAGCUUUAACUGCACCCGAAUAGAGAAGCAUGAAGCAAUAUACAGAAUUUAGGGAACGCCUUCUCUUUGUUUCCUGCACACCAUUCUGUCACGUCCUGUCUACACGCCCUUUCUUCGUUUGGCAGAUGACAUUGCAUUUUGGGUCUUACUGAGGCUGUGUUAUAUCCUCAGCAGCUGGUUGUUAUUGGUGGUGGUGGUGUGCCAACAACAACAAUGAAAAAAAAAAUCAUUCCUUAGAAAUGAUAGUAUGAAUUUACAUUAUUGUUACUACCAGGUCUCAUCUUUUAUUACUUCUGACUCAUUUAAAUAUCAUAAAAAUCAUGGAACCUCAUAAAUUUCACAGGAGUUAUCGUCCGUGUAAGUUUUAAGGCUGGUGCCAGACCCUGCGAAAAUCUGCGAUAAACAGGCUGUGGAUACGCUGUUGUCAAGAAUUUCACUUGUGUCUAAUCCACAGUAAUUUUGCUUGAUACUUUGGCACUUACAUUUGGCACAUCGAAAGCUUUUCAUGCUUUUUUUCUACAAGCUUCUUUGAAUUUCCAGGUGGAAAUGACUAUCUGUGUCUGUCUGUCUGUCUGUCUGUCUGUCUGUCUGUCUGUCUGGGCUAUCAUAAAAUCCUUUCUGCCUAGCGUUGGAACACUGAUUUUCGUUUUUCCCCAACUGAUCUACCUCUAUUGUAUAACACCUGUAGUAGGUGUGAUUAUGGGAUAAAAUUCAACUGAAAAGCUAUGAUACAUUUUAUCCUUUGCUUUAAAAAGUGUGUUUUUGUUUUCAAAUAAUCUUAUGUCCAUUUCUUUUUUCACACCUUUGUGCUCUUGCCUCUGCUGGCUCCUCAGCUUAGAAAUCUCCUCCCCUGGAAGACUGACUGAAUGUCACCUCCUCCAUGAGACACUCCUGGCUUUCCCAAGCAAUGCUGGGAUUGCUUUCUUUGGCACUCCCUUAGAACUGGUCACUCGGUGUUUUCUCUGCAUGGUGAAUUUUGAUGGCUUUAGUGAUAGGUUUAUGUCUAUUUCCUUUUUUUAUUUCAAACAUAAAUUCUGUAGCAUAUUUUUCCAUAAAGAGUAAAAACUAAAAUAUAAAUUUAUUUUUAAUUCAUUCUUAUUGGGACUUAACUAUUCAUAUAUUGAAUUAUGUUUAUGCACUGUCAAGCUGUUUUAUGCAUUUGUUUUGUCUCAAUGUAUUUUUGAGAAAAAUACAUUAGACUAUAUUUAAGUUUACCAUUUUUCCACCUGGAUUUUUUUUUAAAUAUGGUUGUUAUGAAAUUAGGUUUUUUUAAUGGGCAUAAUUUUGAUCAUUUCAUGUGUUCUAAAUUUUAACUUUUGUAGGGUUUUUUGUUUGUUUGUUUGUUUUUUAAUUCUUCCCUAUUCUGUUUAAAACUAACCCACCUCUGGGUAAUGUUCAGUGUUUGUUUAUGCUAAAUACCAAAUUUUUUCAGAAGGAUUGAUGAAGUAAUGGGCAGAUUAUUUAUGAUGAAUGAAAGAUAAAAUAAUUCUAUGAUUAAACAAAGAUGUUUCCGAAAUCAUAAGAAAAACUGUGGCUUAUUUUUAACCUGAUUUCAGAUGCAUUCAAAAUACCUUCCAAAUGUCUAUAGAUGUCUCUAGAUUCACUCCAGUGCUAUUAUAACGUUGGUGGUUAAAUAGAUACAAACAUCACGGUCUCCCCAGGUAUCCAUAUUAGUUCCUCCACCAUGCCACAGUGUUAAAACCUGGAGGUGGCGCUUGCUUCUUUACUAGGGAUGUGUUUUCUCUGCAUCAGGGUUGAGCUCUGAAAGAGAAAUAUACUCAACAGAAGGAGCAAAAUUUAGGAGAUCUGAAUUUUAGCUACCUUGUCAUAUUCUUGAGGGAUAAGGAAGAUGAAACCUUAGAACACUUUUUCCAAACCCAUUGUUUCUUUGAUGAGCAAGUUGCUGUGCAUAGAAUUUCACACCUUUGUGCUCUUGCCUCUGCUGGCUCUUAAGUUUAGAAACCCUCUUCUCCUGGAAGGUUGAUUGAAAUGUCUGCUCCUCCACGAGGCAUUCCUGGCUUUCUCAGCCAGUGCUAGGGCAGCUUUCUUCGGCACACCCUUAGAACUUGCUCCUCAAGUCUUCUGAAACUGUUAUAUAGUCUGAUCAUUAGCUUAUGUUUCUGGCUCCUCCUUAGAUGUGGACCUCACUUCUGUUUUUCUAGAUACUGUGCCUGGCUCAGAGGAGCAGCCAAAAAAAUGUGUAUGGACUUUUCAAUUUCUGAUCUUAAUAGGCAAGAUACGAACCUUAAAAAUUAUGAGAGAGCUCUUCCCUGGAUAUAUCUCAUUAUUAAUUUACAAGGGAAACUUUUUUUUACUGCUAUUCCAAUCCCUCCCCCCAAAAAAACUGUGAAGUACUGCAUCGUGCCACUCCUCGCAAUCCAGCCUUCUCUCGCUGUGUGAAUAUAUUAAUUCUCCAAAGUGAGACUGCAGAUGUGACAUGCAAACAACUUUCAUCUUGUAUGGAUUUGACAGAGCAACAAACCCUCAAUAAUUAGGAUUAAAUCAGAUUGAUCUCGAUUAGUGAUUAUGUUAUAUACACGAAAAAUAAUUUUUUAAAAGAAAUUCUGACCUACUUUCUAUAAAGACUAGAAAAAACUUAUUAUACCCACUCCUCACUUAAUCUAUGUGGUUAGGUUCCAAAGACCAGGUUGUUAUGUGAAAAUCGGCAUUAUGCGAAAUUGGAGCACGAGUAUAUCAGAUCACAAAAUGGAGGAUGACUACAUCAUUACAUAACUGCCAGAUUACAUCAUUACAUAAUUGCCAAACUGAGAAUCAUGGCCCAGCCAAGUUGACACAAAUAACUGACCAUCACAGCCAGUGUUACUCGUCUCGCACCUCUGUCUUCAUUACUGCCAGACGUACGUCGCUAUUGCUCAAAAUAGUCGUAUAGUAGAUUUUUUACUGUUGUCAAAAACGUGAAAUGUAGGAUGAGGAGGUAAUCGAUAAGUAAGGAGUAGGUGUAUUAUCGUUGAUUUGCAUAUAAACAAUAUAUGAGAGGUCUUGUAAGAGUUUAAUCUCUUUAAUAAACCAACUAAUUUGCACUAUAGGAUAGUUUUUCUCAAAUGUGAGUAAAAUACUAACCAUAUUAAAAAAAAAAAAAAAA